AUGGUUCUUGCUGACUUAGGACGGAAACUUAAUGCUGCUCUAUCAUCGCUGAACCGAGCCCCCGUCGUAGAUGAAAAGGUGCUCGAUGCGACACUCAAAGAAAUCACUGCGGCUCUAUUGGAGUCCGACGUCAAUGUCAAGCUAGUCGCUUCGUUGCGACAGAAGGUGAAAGUUAAGGUGAAAGCUGCGCUCGAAGGCGGUGACAAAUCCAAAGAAACAAAUCGCAAGCAUCUCAUACAAAAGGCCGUCUUCGAUGAGCUCGUGAACCUGGUUGAUCCUGGGGUUGAGCCGUAUAAGCCGAAAAAGGGACAGUCAAAUGUAAUCAUGGCCGUCGGCUUGCAGGGGAAUGGCAAGACUACGACGUGUACCAAACUAGCGGUGCAUUAUCAGAAGAGGGGGUUUAGAUCUGCUAUUGUCUGCGCUGAUACCUUCCGUGCUGGUGCUUUCGAUCAAACACGACAGUCGGCGACCAAGGCCAAAGUCGCUUACUUCGGCUCGUAUACGGAAACGGACCCCGUAGCGAUUGCUGCCCAAGGAGUGGCUAAGUUUAAGAAGGAACGCUUCGAGGUCAUUAUUGUCGAUACGUCUGGGAGACAUAAACAAGAAUCCGAGCUGUUCGAGGAGAUGGUACAAAUCAGUGAAGCGGUACAGCCAAAUAUGACGGUUAUGAUCUUGGAUGCUAGCAUAGGUCAGGCCGCCGAAGCACAAAGUCGAGCAUUCAAAGAAAGUGCGGACUUCGGUGCCAUCAUUGUCACUAAAAUGGAUGGCCAUGCCAAAGGCGGUGGUGCCAUCUCAGCUGUCGCUGCAACGAAAACUCCUAUAAUUUUCCUUGGUGUUGGUGAACAUCUGCACGAUUUGGAUCGGUUUUCGCCCCAGCCAUUCAUUUCGAAGCUCCUUGGUUUGGGCGAUGUCCAAGGUCUCAUGGAGCACAUGCAGGAUCUUGCCUCCCAAAAUCCUGAUAAACAGAAGGAAAUGGCGAAGAAACUGGAAGAGGGAAAGCUCAGCAUAAGGGAUUGGAGGGAGCAAAUCUCUAACGUUAUGAACAUGGGUCCUCUAAGCAAGAUCGCCUCAAUGAUACCUGGCCUCCCGCAAGACCUGUUGCAAGGCUCAGAUGAGGAAGGAAGCUUGCGCCUGAAACGAAUGAUAUACAUGACCGACAGCAUGACUGCCUCUGAGUUGGACUCGGAUGGCUCGCCAUUCAUGGAGGUAGGUAAAGAUGGCAAACCUAUCGGUCUGACAUGGCGAGUAGCCAGAGUUGCCAAAGGUAGCGGAACGAGUGUCAGAGAAGUCGAAGAGCUGUUGUGUCAGUACCGUAUGAUGGCCAACAUGGCCAAGCAGGCUGGAGGCAAACAUGGAUGGUUACAAGCAGUGCAGAAAAUGCAAAGUGCAGCUGGAGGAAAGGGUCGUGGAGCAAACGGUAUGCCGACGCAAGCACAGAUACAAGCCAUGCAGCGAGCAAUGCCUCCUGGCAUGCUCCAGCAAAUGCAACGCCAGAUGCGCAGUGGGGGCGGUAUGCAAGAAAUGAUGAAAGCGAUGAUGCAAGGUCAAGGGGGCGACCAGCUCGAUAUGGAAGAAUUGCAACGUAUGAUGUCGUCCAUGGGAGGACUCGGCGGACUAGGUGGGCUUGGCGGGCUCGGUGGGCUCGGUGGUAUGCCUAACAUGGGAGACAUGAUGAAAAUGAUGGGAAUGGGAGGAGGAGCUCCUAGUCGAUGA